AUGAAAGACUUUGAAUUGGAUUCUUUCGUUGUAAACGCCAGAAAGACUUUGACAGAGGCACAGGUUUUAUGUCAAGAGGCCAGUAUGAGAAUAUUUGAUGUUAAACAAAAACUAUCACGAUGGCAGCAAGAUGUUUCCAAGCUAAAAUUUAUGAUUUCAUGUAUCCAAAGACAAAGUGACUUUCUCUAUAAAAAUGUUUUGAAAAUUGGAAUUGGGGAAAACUUGAUUAAGACUGAAUGGUCCCAAAUUGUUCUUGUGGAUUUGAUUAGAAGCAUGAAGUAUUGGCAAAAUGAGUUAUCUACGCGAAUUACACGCCUUGAUGGAAUUAACAAUGGGCUUAUAUCUCAUUCGGAACAUAAGGAAGACGAUUCACCUAGAAACCUUGGGGAUUUCAUUCCAAGAGAGAAUGUACAUAUUCUAGAUGAAAGAUUGAAGGAAAUACCAAUUAUUCGACGUCAAAUUGAUAACAUAAAAUCACAAUAUGCAAAUAUGGUCAAGAAGGUAUCGGAGCAACUGAUGUUGACAAAAUUAGUGAACCUUGAGUCUUCUUUUAGAAAAUCUUUUAGUUUAGAAGUUACUGGAUCUCGUGAAUUUGGUGAAGAGUACUUAGAGGAAAUGACGAACUUGGAACAUGAGCUGGUCGAGUAUUUAAACUCAUUGACGGAUCAUUUUGAUAAAUGCCAAAACUUAAGAAAUAUAAAUUCUGAGAAACAAAUCAACAAGGAUUUACUUGAGAUCGUCACCAAAGACAAUGCCGAACUAAGUUCAGUUCUUGACACUUUACGCGAUACAGUGAAAGAUGUUGAUCAAAUAAUUCUUAAGUUGACCAAUACUUUAGAAAAGAAAACGAUGGAUAUAAUGUCAAUUCACGGUACUAUAAACAAAAUCAUUAAUGAGCUCUGUAAACAUCAAGAGUACCUAGCAAUAUUUAAGGACAUUUCUGAACUUAUUUCGACCUUCAAAGAAACUUGCCUGGAAGAAAUUCAAGUUACAAAGGAGCUUUGCGAAUUCUACGAAAACUUCGAAUCCAGUUACUACAACCUUGUUGCAGAAGCGGAACGUAGACGCUCAGUUGCAAUUGAAAUGUCCAAAAUUGUGUCAGAAUGUGAAGAAAAACUAAGAAACUUGGACACUACGGACCACAAAAUGCGAGAAAUCUUUCUGGAGAAAAAUGGAAAUUACCUUCCAGAAACUAUUUGGCCUGGUCAAAUUGAUGAUUUUAGUCCAUUAUAUUCCUUGCAGUACAGCAUUAAGGACGUAUAA